AUGUUGAAGUAUGUAUUGUUCUUUUGCGCGACCAUCGCGUAUGCCCCCUUGGGAAUAGAAAGCCGAUUCUUCGAAAAUAUUAUCACCCCGAAAUUGCAUUUCGGGCGGAAUCCAAUAAAGAAGAAUUUAAAAAAUGGAAAAAAGAACAUAAGCCUGGACAAAAUCGAAAAGAAUAUCAUGAAAAAUGUGGACUCCAUCAACGUAAUGUUCGAUCCCAAGGAUAAAAAAUUCGUCCCGUCCAAGUCCAAAAAGGCCCACAUAGUUGGAGGUUUCAGUCAGAACACUUCCGACCCGUCAGAUGUUGAAAGGAGCAAAUACGAGAAGGCCCUUCGUUUUCUGGAAAAAAUGAACAGCGAGAUGAUUGUGUAUUCCACUAAAAUAACACGAGAGCUAGAUAGCCAGGAGUACAAGACAUUGAGCAAUUUCAAGCGCGCCUCGGCUCUACUGAAAGAGAGUUUAGCGACCAUGCAUUCUCUUGAUAUGAUAAAAAAUGAUAAGACUGUAGACUUCAAUAAAUACAACCUGGAUUGGUACAACAAGGCAUCCCUGAAGGAGAAGUACGAGACCGAAAAAUAUAUACACAGGAUCAUGAAUAAGCUUUUUAUGAAGGCAAGCAAGAAUAAGAAGAACGUGCAGAAGAAGAAAAUAGAUGAGAACAUAGAACAACUGGAGAAUGACCUACUGAUGCAGAGAUUCGUGAGCGAAAAUAUGAACGUUAGCAAGUUGCUAAAGGAGCACGAAGGGAAAUCACCAAAUUAUAUGGCUCCUAUGCACUCCGACGUGUGUGGACAAUUGGGUAGCACAUUCCUCAGCUUCAUGUUCGAGAAGCUAUUCAAGAGCGCAAUAAACCACGACAUACCCCACUUCAAGCAGUACUUGCCUCGUCUUAAGCACAGGAUCCAUAAUAUGGUUCACAAGGGAACGCUCAUAUUGUUGGAGAAGGGCCUCGAUGACGCUUUGCAUACAUUCAAGCUCAAGGUGGCGGAACUCAUGCAGAAAAAGUUCGGAUUUGUGGACAUGUGCUCAACUAAGUGCGUCGCCGACACGGUUAACGCAAACUACGAUCUGGAGGAAUAUAAAAACGAGUUCAAGCCGACUAACACUUCGCAAAGGAGGGCUGACAUGGUGAAGAUGCUAAUGUAUUACUACCGGGAUAAACUGAACAAUAUUGAGACGACGGCAGACUUCGUCCUGAUCAUGCUUCUGUAUCUGAAUUCGGCAACAGAGCACACGAAGAAGGGGUUCAUCGACGUGAGCUCCAUCAGUACCACGGACAAGUUUAACUUACUCAACACUACGAUUGAUAAGCGGAAGAAGGUGAAGAAGAACAGACGAAACAGUUUCCUUAAGAUUGCUCCCUUCAAUUUCUUCAGAGAAGAGCCAGACGAAAAAUACGGAAAUGAAUCUAUUUUUGCUAUUGACGAUAUUAUUAAAACAUGUUUGUUAGCGAAGAAAUCACAGAACUUUAGCUCCCUCUAUGAGACAACGAAAGAAGUGUGGAACAACAUUCAGAAUAUCUACUCCGCGUCCUAUGGAUUCGUUGCUUCGAGGAAAUUGAAGACCAAAAGCUUUGUUACCUCCAGGAUCAGAAAUGUGGGAUUCGUCUUUAACUGGUUUAAUUAUAAUAUGAAACCUACUCCACAUGUGAACUUCCUCGUGCAUAACUUCUCGCCCCUCAUUUCUGUGAGCCUGCAGUUGACCUUCUUCAUCAGUACGAUGAUCGAGCAGUAUGAGUCCAGCUUCCUGAGCAACUUCUCCUCGACGCUGAAGAAGAUAUUCACCUUAGGGGCAAGCUCAGCGCACCCCAAGAAUUACGCCGACCUGGUGAGCUUCUCUGAAACAGACUACCUUUUGAGACAUUCAAAGACAGACAAGGCACAGAGGAUAAUCACACAGACAGUAAAGAUGCUCAAAAAGAAGUUUCUCUCCCUUCCGUAUACCCCUACUCUCCUGGCCCAGUACAUCUCUCUCUUCCUAUCCUUGUGGGUCUUCGAAAAUGAAAAAACCAUAAGCCUCGAAAAUCCUAAUGUCACUAGGUUCAAGAAGUUAUUCUUCUUAUCCUAUUUUGUUCACAACUCGGGCCCCGCCGAAAAAGCAGUUGAAAUAAUCUAUGACAGAUGCAGAGGAAAGACGGACAAAAUAGUUCUCGGGUGCAUACAUGACUAUGGAGGAGCGAAGGAAAAGAAGAUUCUGGGAAUUAUAAAAAAAAAGUGCAAACCCACCAGGAUCCCUAUCAGGAAGAGAAGCAUUAGAAAAGUAAUUAAAACCCUCAUGUCUUCUUUGACUGACCCAGUAGAUAUUCUCAAGAUAGCUGUAGACACUGCCACGCGAUGUGAUCAUUUCAGCCGUAGUGCUCCUAUGCAUGAUAAAAAAAAAAAAAAAAAUAAAAUUAAUUAUGACUUAUUUGUGAAGUCGGAGUUGUCUUUCCGUUAUAUCUGCGCUGACGUCACGAAAAAAGUGGUGAAAAAAAUCAUAAGGGAUGUCUCCCGCCUGAAGAAUAUGAGCGAAGCACAGGAAAUAAUAGACCAAUCCCUCAACAGCGUGCAGUACUUGAAAAUAAGAAACUACAGGGACAAGGAAAGUAGCACAAGCAUUUUCUGUCCCUUCAUGGAAGCCAACGACAAACAUAUCCGUGACUUGGAACGGAAACAAAUUUCCAUCUUCGUGCAUAAAAACGUGGGAAUACUAAACAUGCUCAAGGGGAAGGUUGCCAACGUUUUUAAAAAGUCCAUUAAAAUACGGGAAGGCAUGAAAACGGACAGCCCCAUUUCGAUCAAAGUCGGAACGCGAAAGUUCAAUGGCUUUCUCUUCACAGGAGGAUACCAACUAAACGUGGAUAGCUUUGGACAAGAAAACACAUUACACAUUGGGCUCUCCAAAUCCAGGAAGGUCUACGAUGGGCGACAGUUUGUCGACGAGUUAGAGAUCCUGAAGCCAGAUGGUGUCAAAAGGAUCGAAAUGAAGGGAAUCGACGAGGACAAUGAGAGAAUUUAUGUCCUGCAGGAUAAUACCAAAGUUCCAGAAUUUGAAUACGCCAUUCUUUACCCUAGCGCGGACAUCAUCAUUUUUGACGGAAACAACUAUGUCUCCUCUUCCGCCCUCCGGGACAUGGGCCUGGAAUAUGAAAGAAUCGUCUGGGCCGGACAUGCAGUGGGAUGGGCCGCAGAGUUUGCCCUGGGGACCAUAUCAGAAAAUCCACUUCCUAUUUUCGAUGGCCAUGCAUGGGUGCUACUGGACAAAUUGAGCGUUAAGAGCAUUUUAGGCGAGUUUCUACCGAGGGACGUGCGCGGUAGCCUCCUCGCGAGCACUGUCAAUUUCAUUAUUCUGAACAAGGAAGGACGCCAGAUCCUGAAGAAUACCACACCGGUCGUGAGCCUCAAGCACGCCACCUUCACCCUGAGCGGGAUAUUGAACUUCGUAAUUCGGGCCGAAAAGGGAAAAGGGAACGAAAUUAUCGUGUACACAAGGAUACCAUAA